AUGAACAGGAAUUCAUUUGGAGUUUGUACAAGAUGUGUACAAAGAAGAAUCCCGUCGGCGUAUUAUCGGCCGGGCCUGAGAACAUAUUUCACUCAUCGAUCCCAUUUCCGUGAGCUAGACCGGCGGAACGCGUCGUCUUCUUUAUCACGCCGGAAGCUGUGGGAUAAUGCAUCUUCCUCGUCGCUGCGAAAGUCGGUACCGACGACGGUACGAGCCUUUGCGACUGCCUCAUCGCCACAGCGAGGUGCUGGAAAUGGGGGAGGGCCAAUAGAGGAGUACGAUAGAAGGGUCACGGCAGAUCUUUUGCGAGAUGAUGCGCAUCAGAGGAGUAUCGUCUCCCACCUCCAAUGCCUCCACGAAAUGCUGAAAUCGUACACUCCCCCGGCAAUCAUCCACCCUUCUCCAGAUAGUCUGGAUGAAAAUGCGAAACCGUCCUUUUGGAGCUCCCUUCUCGGACGAGGUGUUGCCGCCCGUUCGCAUGACCAGCGUCCCCGGCCGGAGAAUCUGCCAAGCGGACUGUAUAUGUAUGGAGAUGUUGGGUGUGGGAAGACUAUGCUAAUGGACUUGUUUUACGAUACGAUGCCGUCGAAUAUCAAAAGGAAGCAGCGAAUACAUUUUCAUAAUUUCAUGCAGGGCGUUCACAAGCAGCUCCAUACCGUCAAGAAAGGUCGCGGAGCCCAGUUUGAUGCCCUGCCCAUGGUUGCAGCGGAUAUUGCAGAGACUGCUAGCGUUCUGUGCUUUGAUGAGUUUCAAUGUACGGACGUUGCCGAUGCUAUGAUUCUGCGCAGGCUACUGGAGCUUCUAAUGUCGCACGGCGUGGUCAUGGUCACGACCUCGAACCGACAUCCGGACGAUCUGUACAAGAACGGCAUUCAAAGAGAGCAUUUCAUUCCGUGCAUAAACCUGCUCAAAACGGAGCUACAAGUACUCAACCUAGACUCAGAGACCGAUUACCGCAAAGUCCCGCGCCCACCCUCUGGCGUAUACCAUCAUCCACUAGACCAGGCAGCUACGCACCAUGCCGAUAAAUGGUUUGAAUACCUGGGCGAUCUCAAAAAUGAUCCGCCGCACCCAGCAACCCAGGAAGUGUGGGGUCGCGAGAUCCAGGUUCCGAUUGCGAGUGGACGCGCAGCUAGGUUCUCGUUCCAGCAGCUUCUGGGCCGCGCCACCGGUGCAGCAGACUAUCUUGAGCUGGUCCGGCAUUAUGAUGCGUUUAUUGUGACUGAUGUCCCUGGGAUGACUCUUCGAGAGCGUGAUCUCGCGCGACGAUUCAUCACGUUUAUUGACGCUGUUUAUGAAAGCAAGGCAAAACUCGUCCUCACAUCGGCAGUCCCGCUCCAAAACCUUUUCAUGUCCCAAGACGAAAUCGACGACUCUAUUCAAUCUUCUUCGAGCGGUGACCAAUCGCAAGGCGACCUAUCUUCGGAAAUGCGACUACUCAUGGACGACCUUGGGCUCUCAAUGUCGGCCCUCAAAUCGACAUCGAUAUUCAGCGGCGACGAGGAGCGAUUUGCAUUUGCGCGGGCUCUGUCGCGACUGGCCGAGAUGGGCAGUAAGCAGUGGGUGGAGCGUGGCAUGGGAGUCGGCAUGAAUGCCGCAGAGGGGAUAGAGGACCGGGAUGCGUAUAAGAAGACGAGGAGCCGAUGGAGCGAGGAUAGGAUGUAG